UUAAUCUUACAUACUUACUUACCGAUGGAUCACAAUAUUAGGAUGAGAGAAGCCGAUAUCAUAGUCAUAUAUUUACAGAACCCAAAAAAAAAAAAAAAAUUGCUGGAGUAGAAGCGAAAUCGAGCAACCAUGGGAAGACGGUCGAAUCCGAUUAGAAGAAAUUUAUAUCCCAUUAGUUUUUAGGAAGAAGAAGAAGAAGAAGAAGAAGGGGAAGAAGAAAUGGAGAAGAUGAAUAAUGCAUUGGAGAGAAUGAAGAUGCUUGUCGGAAUGGAAGUGGAAGAAGAAGAUACUACUGCUGCUUCCGACUCUUUCAUCGACGAUUUCAAUCGCAAUUGCACUUUGUCCACUAAGCAGAGGUUUUACGGAUUCGCCAUAUGCCUGGCUGCCGGAUUGACAUGCACUCUUCUGUCAAUGGUCGUGUUCUUGAAUCCCAUAAAGUUCGGAAUAACGUUCACACUUGGGAAUUUGCUUGCUCUGGGGAGCACG